AUGUAUGGUGCAGCGUAUAUUGUUUGGGGACACCUGUAUCGUGCAGUGUAUAUUGUUUGGGGACACCUGUAUGGUGCAGCGUAUAUUGUUUGGGGACACCUGUAUGGUGCAGCGUAUAUUGUUUGGGGACACCUGUAUCGUGCAGUGUAUAUUGUUUGGGGACACCUGUAUGGUGCAGCGUAUAUUGUUUGGGGACACCUGUAUGGUGCAGCGUAUAUUGUUUGGGGACACCUGUAUCGUGCAGUGUAUAUUGUUUGGGGACACCUGUAUGGUGCAGUGUAUAUUGUUUGGGGACACCUGUAUCGUGUAGCGUAUGUUGUUUGGGGACACCUGUAUGGUGCAGCGUAUAUUGUUUGGGGACACCUGUAUCGUGCAGUGUAUAUUGUUUGGGGACACCUGUAUCGUGCAGUGUAUAUUGUUUGGGGACACCUGUAUGGUGCAGCGUAUAUUGUUUGGGGACACCUGUAUGGUGCAGCGUAUAUUGUUUGGGGACACCUGUAUGGUGCAGCGUAUAUUGUUUGGGGACACCUGUAUCGUGCAGUGUAUAUUGUUUGGGGACACCUGUAUCGUGCAGUGUAUAUUGUUUGGGGACACCUGUAUGGUGCAGCGUAUAUUGUUUGGGGACACCUGUAUGGUGCAGCGUAUAUUGUUUGGGGACACCUGUAUCGUGCAGUGUAUAUUGUUUGGGGACACCUGUAUGGUGCAGUGUAUAUUGUUUGGGGACACCUGUAUCGUGUAGCGUAUGUUGUUUGGGGACACCUGUAUGGUGCAGCGUAUAUUGUUUGGGGACACCUGUAUGGUGCAGCAUAUGUUGUUUGGGGACACCUGUAUGGUGCAGCGUAUAUUGUUUGGGGACACCUGUAUGGUGCAGCGUAUAUUGUUUGGGGACACCUGUAUCGUGCAGUGUAUAUUGUUUGGGGACACCUGUAUGGUGCAGUGUAUAUUGUUUGGGGACACCUGUAUGGUGCAGCGUAUAUUGUUUGGGGACACCUGUAUCGUGUAGCGUAUGUUGUUUGGGGACACCUGUAUGGUGCAGCGUAUAUUGUUUGGGGACACCUGUAUGGUGCAGCAUAUGUUGUUUGGGGACACCUGUAUCGUGCAGUGUAUGUUACUGAAGUCAAUUGUAAAUAAAGGAAAACCUUUUGCUUCAA